AUGAAGGAAAAGGAGGCUUCUUCCUUUGCUGAUCCUACUACGCGUGACCGAACAAUGGACUUACUUGGAAGUACCCUGAAUGCCUUCUCUCGAUUGACUGAAGUGUUGCGGUUCGCAGAGGUUAUAUCGUGGGUCGAAGAGGUCCUAGUUUACCUUGAGGCAGCAUUUACUUGGGCACCCAGCUUUGUUCUUGAUGCGGCCAUCAAUCUUUUAAGGGUUCUUUUUGGGACCAACCUCUCAAGCAUUUGGAAUACUGAACUAUCUUCCAAGUUUCACGCUGUUUUUGAUUUUGAUGUUUCACCAACUUCAGAAACCAGCAGUUUGGAUGAGCAAAUAAAGCUGAUCUGUGAGACCCACUUUGAAAACGCCUCGCAAAUUCGUUUCUCUAAUGCUAUUGGGCGAUCAUUUUUGGAUUGGCUACAUUCUGCUCGUCAGUCUCAUCAACCCGCUAUGCUUCGACCUGAAUCUCUGCCUGCAAACAUUCAACAGCCCAAUCUGGCGUACUAUAUUCGUCUCUUUGAACCUCUUGUGCUCCAAUGCAUUCAUCAAUAUCAUCUUCAUACUGAUCCAACUGUUCAAGCAAAGAUUCUUCAAAUUCUAACUGUCCUUAUUGAGCUUGGUGUUAACUAUGCUCAACUUGAUGAGGAAUCCUGCUUUCUGAAGACACUCAUGUCUCAGUGCGAGUCUUUACAGCAUAGCAAUGCCACUGCCUCCUAUAAUCACCAGACCUCAUCUAAAGACGCCUCGGAACUUGUUUCGAGUUUGUUUAAAUUCUUCAUUGUUCUUACCUACGAACGUAAAAGUAGUGCGUCUUCGAACUUAGAAUCCAGAACAGUGCUCACUCUCUCUGAGGUGGUCCACUUAGCAGAGGUAUUAGCAGCAGGUGGUGUCGAUGUGGACUCUUUCGUCAUACCGGCUCUGGCACCCCUGAUAAUUGAUAUAUACGUUCGUCGUGGAGCACGCUAUCAUCCCGCUCUGCGUAUUAAUGCGCUAAAUUCUCCACAAGAAAAAUUAUCAGAUCUAAAUGCUCAAGUUGCUAAGGACCUACAUGACUGGACCGUCCAUCGAGAAGCUAUGUUGCGUUUUCUACUGCCAAAGUUUAUCGAAUAUCCGAAAACGUUUGAUUUUCUCUGCGUAAUUCUUGAGGAUGCUUCUCGGACUGAUACGGUCUUAAAAGUGGCUUUUGAGUCUGGGGAGAGUACUUUGUCAUAUGGAACUGCAACUGAGAUAUUCGGACAUUUCAUGACUGCUCUUGCAGAUUGCAGUCUCCAUUUGGACAGUUGUGGUGAUGUUGACUCUUGUUUGCGUCUGGUAAGACGUCUUGCCUCUCCUCAUUGGCCAGCUACCACACUGCAUGAUGUUAUCUUUCACAAAAUUAUCGUGACACUCUACAAGGAGCGAUCUGAAGCAAUUUCUUUUAAGCAGUCGUCGCAACAACUCCAACGCUUGAUGGCAUGCAAAUUCGUGUGUCUUCGAUUCCUCCUCCUGGUGGCCAUGAAACAACCAUCAAGUCUCCUACCAGCCCUUCGUGAUUUCGGGAAAUGCGGACAAUCUGAUCCGCGCGCAGUCCUCUUUGAGCAUUUAUUAGAUUAUCUUGCCAUCAUCAGUGAAUCCAUACUGGAUCACCUUACGAGCUCUCUAGAUGAUAUUUUCGUGAGUUCAACUGAGAGCCAGCCUGGCACAUUCCUAGGACAACUAUUGCUGGCAUUCCAACUGGACAUUUUAGCGCUUGUUCGAUUACAUGCACUUACAGUCACUGGUAUUCCCAUAGAAAAAAUCGAGCAUCUGGAUGCUAUAUUUUCAACUUACGGACGGUUCAAGCCGCUUGUUGCAAUUCUCUGGUAUCAACUUCGCGCUGAACUGUUUCAAACUCCAGUUGAAAGUCGCAUUCAACUCACUCCGUACCACCGUAAUAGCGUCUGUGUUCGAAAAGUCACCUUUCUAUUCCACAGUAGAAUCAAAAAGCACGGCUUCACGCAUCUCCCCUCCGAUAUAGAUUUGCUGGAUUUAAUGAAAUCUUCCGAGUUGAGUGGUUUGAUCCUUUCAAUUGAUGAUACCAAGCAACGUCUUGAACUCCUUAAGAAGAUUAUUUCUACGACUGUUUCUCGAUUUGAGACUGCCGUCGUCCCUUCCCAUGCUCUUUCUCAGCUCAAAACUCUGAGAAUUUUACUUCUACUAAUAUCCAAUUUUAUUGAUCAAGGAUGGGAGCUGGAUAGUUUGAAAUACUUUCUCCUCGACCUGACAGCAUCGUUCAAAGAAUGGUUUGACAUUAGACCCAAGAAUCCUUUAUUUGGCCUGCCCGCUAUUCGCAAGGAGCUUGAGUUUGCCUUACUUAACUGCCUAACGGGAGUUGAGAAUUUGAAACUAGAUGAACUUCCAGAGGAUUUGGAUUCCUUCCUUAAAUCGCUUGACUCUUCAAAAGCUUUCAGAACCUUCUUCACAACUGAAUUACCGAAAACCCUAGGCAAAAUAUCCAAUCGGUUAAGCAAGAAUGUUUUCAAGGAGGAACCUCAAAGUUCUUCAGCGAAUGAUAUGGCUGAAACUUAUCUAAGUAAUGCAUUAAAUGUUUACUACAAAGACGGUGGCCGAUUGGCGGCUAAAUUAUUUCAGUCAAAUCCAUAUUUUGAACUGCCGGCAGAUCUUCCACCUAGAUUCCUCCAACAUGUGAUUCGUCUCGGAUUCGUGACCACCAUGAAAAGUUUUAGUCCUGAUGCAUCUGAAGCAUUUAAAACUGAUUCACUCUGGCAAAAAGGGAAAGAACUACUUUUCCAAAAGCUUAGUUCAUUAAAUCAGGUACAAAAUGCAAUGGAUUCAAUAAAUCAGAGACAGUUUGUUGGUUUGGCAGCGGCAACAGUAGAUUUCCUCGUACUUUCUACACGCCUACCCCUUCCAUCAACACCGUCUGAUGAGGAAAUUGAAGUAAUGACAGUCCUUCUGCAAACACUUGUGCAGAUCUUCAUUCGGAACGUAACUGAAGAAACAGGCGUCCCUCUUCUGAUUAAUCUUGAUCUUCCUUUGCUCACGCUCCGAUUAGCUAUUGUUCUCAUAGCCUCAGCUAGUGACAAAAUUCAAGACUUUGUAAAACUUAAUCUGGAAACAUUCAUUCAAUUCGCUGAAACUUUGAACAUUGCCGCCUCCCUCUCAAAACCCAAUACACUAGUGCCAUGUAGAACAUCGCAUUCAGCCGAUCAACUUCUUUAUCGUUUGCGAGGACUUCUAGUUCCAAAACAACCGGGAAUUUUUCGGGACAGUACCAACGCUUACUCUUUAACCCGUUUCACGGAAGUACUGAAUAGCUUUGCUGCAAAUGCUGGGUCAACUGGAGGUGGUUGCGGUGCUGUUGGUGAUGGACAUGAGAGAAGUCGAGUUGCUCUGACAAGUGUGUUUGGACUUUGUCGUCUAUGUCCUCUCGGCAAACUAUACUCCAAUGCUCAUGGAAUGGGAUCUACACAUUUAUCUACGCAGUUUUCAGCUUUCUUGAUUUCCCUUUGUAGACGACAUGAUAUUCUUCCUACUCUUCGCCAACCAAAUGCAUUUUGCGAGUCGGCUGAUAUCGAUCAAAUCCCCGAUUCUGUUCAAAGCGGCAUUGCCUCAAAUGGUAUUCUUCAAUGGAGUCCUGACCGAGUUGCCGAAAUGGACAAAGAUGUAUUGGCAGAAGCCUCUGCUUGGCUCCUCUCUCUAGGGUGGUUAGAUAAAACCAUGUUUGAGUCAUCUUGGACUGCUCUUCUUACUAUGUGCUCUCCUCAACCGUUAUCCCUAUCUUUAUCAUCUUCCCUAGAGGACGAAGAUAAUCCUUUUCUUAAUAGUAAAGAGGAACAGGUGGAAGAAAAUCACUGCCGAGUUAUAUGCCUCAAUACAUUAACUCGUCUUCUUCUUAACGCUGCACAUCGCCCGAAACCUGGGGAUCCCUUGAAUAGCUCACCAAUUCAUCAACCCCGUUUGUCAUUGCCACCCCAGUUCAUGCAUACUAAAAUUGGUUGUCGAAUAAGCCAUGUUAUGGGAUGUUUGGAUCAGGAGACCCGUUCAUGGUUCUACGACAUUUCUCCAACUCUUGGUGUAAUUGGAUACGAUGCAGGAAAUUCUGAGGGUUCUCUAUCGUGGCUUUCUGCCAACAUUGACUUGGAACACCCAGCAGAUUUGGAUUCGCCAGCGAAUCAAGUUCCUAUUGGAUGUUUAGUCAAAUGGAUGCUACAUUCACCGGAACCCGCAGGCUUCGAACCUGACACAAUUAUUUCCUGCCUACAAUCUCUGCGUCUUGUUCACCACGCUUGGCUCCGACCCUUUGAAGAGCUCUUUCUCUCUCGUGUCACUGAAUCUCUUAGUACCAGUACUUCCACCUUGAACAUCACCAAUCAGAAGUCAGCUUCAAUUAGUUCAAGACUUUCUGCUAUUACUUCGCCACAAAAUUCACAGCGCAAUAAAUUCAUGCAAUUAUUUAAGCGCGGUUCGAAAAUCAUAACUUCUAGUGGUCAAGGUGAUUCAGAGAAUCAUCUCCCCCUUGCGUUUGGAGAUGCAAUUCUUCUAACCGGCGUUCUUUCUCCCAUUGAAAAGAGAGAUACCUCCUUGUCAGAUAUCCCUAAAGCUGAGUUGGAAAACUCGGAUAAAUUAACUGAAAUCGCUCCUUCAGAGACGGGAUCUGUCUUGCAAUCGCAUGGAGAAUGUGCACUGCCGUCGUUGGCUGUUCUAACUGCUGUGGUUAAGUCUGCUGUUUUAUGUAGUAAUCUCUUUACUACGAGAGAAGAGUUCCUAUGGCUCAUUGGGUGCCUGCAAGCAGGUAAUCUUUAUAUUUCUAAUAAAAAUGAAUGCAUAUUUUAA